AUGCCAUUUGCGACCGCCUCGUCAUCUCGCUCAACACGCCCUGCAUGGUCGCCGUCGCACCUCGUGGCUGCACGCCAUGCUUCCACUACCACCACGCGCGCCUCUCCCGCUCCCACACCCUCUGCACCGCGAACAGGUCCAAGCGCAUCAGAUCGAGCUCGAUUGGAGGAGGAGCGAAGGAGGGCGUACUACUCGCAAAGGAACAACAGCUUGCUGCUGUACACUGCAGCCACUUUCAUUCUCGGCGUGGGUGUGACGUACGCUGCGGUGCCGCUAUACCGAGCAUUCUGCGCACAGACCGGCUUCAGCGGCACUCCCAUCGUGGGCCUGGGCAGGUAUGCGCCCACGCACCUCAUCCCAGCAUGGCUGGAUCCGCGCACAGGCAAAGAGACGCAAAGGAUUCGAGUCACCUUCAAUGCAGACUCGAGCGAUGCUCUGCCGUGGAAGUUCGAACCCAGUCAAAAGGAGAUUUGGGUCUUGCCCGGAGAGACUGCCCUGGCAUUCUACAAGGCUUGGAACAAGGGUGCAAAGGAUAUCACGGGCAUCGCCACGUACAAUGUAGCGCCAGACAAGAUCGCUCCCUACUUUGCAAAGGUGGAAUGCUUUUGCUUUGAGGAGCAGAGACUACUUGCAGGCGAAGAGGUCGAUCUGCCAGUAUUCUUUUUCAUAGACCGGGAUGUGAUGGAGGACCCUUCGGCGAGGGAUGUGAAGGAAGUGGUGCUGAGCUACACCUUCUUUGGCGCAAAGAGGAACCAGAGGAAUGGUCAGUUGGAGCCCGAUACUGAUUUGAGUCAGGUGAGCAUGUCGGAAUAG